CCCUGUCUUUUGCUUCUCUAGGAAUAUGAAGAAAAAACUGGACGAGCUCAGAGACCACUCUCUCCUAAACAGAAUGUGAGGAAGAAUCUUGACUUUGAACCACUCUCCACUACAGCACUUAUUUUAGAGGACAGACCAGCGAACCUCCCUGCAAAACCAGCAGAAGAAGCUCAGAAACACAGACAACAGUACGAAGAAAUGGUAGUUCAAGCAAAAAAAAGAGAGCUUAAGGAAGCCCAGAAGAGAAAGAAGCAACUGGAAGAACGCUGUAAACUGGAAGACAGCAUUGGCAAUGCUGUUUUAACUUGGAACAAUGAAAUCUUGCCCAACUGGGAAACUAUGUCUUGUUCCCGUAAAGUUCGAGAGCUGUGGUGGCAGGGCAUUCCACCAAGUGUGAGAGGCAAAGUCUGGAGCCUGGCAAUUGGCAACGAGUUAAACAUCACCCAUGAACUGUUUGAUAUUUGCUUGGCUCGUGCCAAAGAGAAAUGGCGAUCACGUAGCACAGGAGGGACUGAAGUAGAAUGUGAAGAUGCUGGAUUUUCUGCAGCUGACAGAGAAGCAAGCUUGGAGUUAAUAAAACUGGAUAUCUCAAGAACGUUUCCUAAUCUUUGUAUAUUCCAGCAAGGUGGUCCUUACCAUGACACGUUGCACAGUAUUUUAGGAGCCUAUACUUGUUACAGACCCGAUGUAGGCUAUGUACAGGGCAUGUCAUUCAUAGCAGCGGUAUUGAUCUUGAACUUGGAUACUGCAGAUGCCUUCAUUGCCUUUUCUAAUCUUUUGAAUAAACCCUGUCAGAUGGCAUUUUUCCGUGUGGACCAUGGCCUUAUGUUGACUUACUUUGCCGCAUUUGAAGUAUUCUUUGAAGAAAAUCUGCCAAAGUUAUUUGCUCACUUCAAAAAAAAUAACUUAACUCCAGACAUCUAUCUUAUUGAUUGGAUUUUCACAUUGUAUAGCAAAUCUUUGCCACUGGACUUGGCAUGUCGUGUCUGGGAUGUGUUCUGCCGUGAUGGAGAAGAGUUCUUAUUCCGUACAGCCCUGGGAAUAUUAAAACUUUUUGAAGAUAUUUUGACCAAAAUGGACUUCAUUCAUAUAGCCCAGUUUUUAACAAAGCUACCAGAGGACUUGCCUUCAGAAGAAUUCUUCACCUCUAUUGCUGCCAUUCAGAUGCAAAGUAGAAACAAAAAGUGGGCUCAGAUACUGACUGCUCUGCAGAAAGAUAAUCGGGAAAUGGAAAAAGGAAGUCCUUCGCUCAGACGUUAAAAUCGUGGUUGUCUCCGGCGACUCACAGGAAGCGAGCUGAAGUGGCCAGAGUAUUGAGUACUGUUCGACAUGUAUGAGCCUGCAAAUCAAAGUGUUAUUUCAGAGUUUUGCUUAGUACUAGGAUAGCCUUAAAGGGGAGAGAGG